GAACGUGAACAAAACCGGCACAAAUUUGGUCACCAUGAUGUUGAUGUUGAUGAUGAUGAUCAUCAUGGCUACGUAACUUCUUUUUGACCCACGAGACUUCAUUCCCAGCUCUCUUAUUAGUCCAGCAGGCGGGUUCAUCGAACCUCUGCCCAAUCCCAAGUCAUCCGUACUUCCGAUCCCGAUCACGGCACAAUGAUGAAGAACGUGGUAGCUUUGGUUACGGGCGGUGCCUCGGGACUGGGUCGAGCCACGGUCGAACGGCUCGUCCGAGAAGGGGCCAAAGUUACCUUAUGUGACUUGCCCACCUCGCAGGGCGAGGCCGUGGCCCAAGGACUGGGUGCCGCCUCUUGCCGCUUUUCACCCGUCGAUGUCACCCAAGAGGCGGAUGUCCAACGAGCGCUAGCCGAGACGCAAGAGCAUUUCGGCCCUUUGAAUGCGGCCAUCAGUUGCGCCGGGAUCGGCGUGGCCUUCAAGACCUACAGCAAAACCAAGAAGAAUGUCCACGCCUUGGACUCAUUUGUUAAGGUUCAAAUGGUGAAUACCGUGGGCACAUUCAAUGUCAUUCGCUUAUCCGCCGCCUGCAUGGCCGAAAACGAAAUGGACGACGAUGAUCAACGGGGCGUGCUCAUUAAUACGGCCUCGGUGGCCGCCUUCGAUGGCCAAAUGGGACAAGCGGCUUAUUCUGCGAGCAAAGGCGCUAUCGUGGGAAUGACUUUGCCCGUGGCUCGAGAUCUGGCCGAUUUGGGUAUUCGAUGCGUGACCAUCGCUCCGGGUCUGUUUGAUACUCCGCUCUUGGCUAGCUUGCCCCAAAAGGUUCGCGACUACUUGGCUCGAACCGUGCCGAAUCCCUCCCGCUUGGGACGCCCUGAUGAAUAUGCUCAAUUAGCUCAACAUAUUAUAUCGAACAAGAUGUUGAAUGGGGAAGUCAUUCGUCUGGACGGAGCCAUUCGUAUGCAACCGUAAAAAGAAACUAGACGGAGGAACCCAACCCUGGUGACGAGAAACAGUCGGGCCUUGAACUUACAGGAUAAAUAUGUGCCUUAUUGAUAGUCACUACUACCUCUUUAUGAGCUGUCAAUGUAGUUAAAAUGAAUUUGCAUGUUCUAUUUAAGAGAUGUAUGUCGAAUUUAUACUAAAAAUGCUGUUUCUGAGA